AUGGCUCCCUCAGUACUCGUGGAUCAGAACAACCUGGUGGCAGCACCAACAAAGUCGCAAGUAAGCCACCGCAUCGCCAUCAAGGCCUCACACCCAAAUCCUUCACUACAAGUAACAGCCGACCACAACCUGAAAUCAGUCGAAGCGCCAAUCUACGCCCCCAGAGCAGGCGAGGCCCUAGUCCACAUCAAAGCGACCGGAAUUUGCGGCUCAGAUAUUCAUUUCUGGAAGACCGGGCGUAUUGGCUCGUUAGUGUUUGAAGGUGACUGCAUUAUUGGCCAUGAAGCCUCGGGUAUUGUACUGCAAUGCGGAGAAGGUGUUGACCAUUUGAAGCCUGGCGACAGGGUAGCAGUUGAGCCUGGCAUCCCUUGUGAACACUGCUUCCUCUGCGACGACGGACGCUACAACCUAUGCGAAGAUGUCCAGUUCGCCGGUGUCUACCCAUACGAAGGAACCAUGCAGCGGUACAAGAACCACCCCGCAAAAUGGCUGCAUAAGCUACCGGAAAACGUGACAUUCGCCGAAGGCGCCCUCCUUGAGCCACUGUCUGUCGUCAUGAACGGAAUUACAUCAGCCGGCCUCUCACUUGGUCGGGGUGUGGUUGUCUGCGGUGCUGGGCCUAUCGGGCUGAUUGCGUUGGCUGCUGCUCGUGCCUCGGGCGCUCAUCCCGUUGUCGUCACAGACCUCGAACCUUCUCGUUUGGACUUUGCGAAGAAGUUUGUUCCUUCUUGUAUCACCUACCAGGUUGAUCGCACAAAGGAUGCGCAGGGCAAUGCGCAGGCUAUUCGCGCGCUGUUCGGGUCCCAGGAGUAUGUAGCUCCUGAGACUGUGCUUGAGUGUACUGGUGUCGAGAGCAGUGUUUGUACUGCGGCGUAUACUGCGCGCCGAGGCGGCACAGUUAUGGUUAUUGGAGUGGGCAAGGCCAUUAUGAAUAACUUGCCCUUUAUGCAUUUGUCGCUUGCCGAGAUUGAUCUUCGAUUCAUUAAUCGUUACCGUGAUACAUGGCCUCCGGCUAUUGCUUGUUUGGAUGGUGGAAUUUUGGACUUGAAGAUGCUUGUUUCGCACGUAUUCCCGCUUGAAAAGGCGCAGGACGCGUUGCAUCUUUGUGCUGAUACUAGCAAUGGUAGUAUCAAAGUUUUGAUUGUGGAUGAGGAGGAUGCUUCGCUAUAG